AUGGUGCACCAAAAGGAACACUUGGUUGGCAUCACCCCCCAGGUCUUAUCAGAGUCAGAGGACUUGAAACAGGACACGACCAAAAUCAACCGCCUGGAGAAGCAAGCCGAAGAGUUCCUCAAUGCUGUCUUCUACAGAAAGGAUAAUGCAGCGAAUGAUCCGUCAGUUCGCUGCCGAAUAUACCUCAAAAAACAGCUAUUCUCAGGACACCCCCCAUCACCCCCAGCCCAACGGCAUCAAGGACCAAAGCCGCCUCCUGCCGAGAGCGGCCUCUCCAGCCCCAACCCCCCUCACCCUGCCGGGGCGUCCAGCCCCCCGUCCCCCACCCCGGGACCGGGCCUCAGCCCCGCCUCAGCCUCUGCCUUCGCCCCGGACAGUGGGAACGGAGCCGGUAGUAACUGUAGUGGUACCGGUGCUGCUGCCUCUGCACAGAACCCUGUCCUCAGCAAGCUUCUCAUGGCCGACCAGGACUCUCCGCUGGACCUCACUGUCAAGAGGCCUGACCCCACAGAGACCAAAACAGAGGAUGGAGUCCUGGACCUCUCCACCAAGAAGGCCCACGGCACCGUCCUCAAAAACUCUCACAGUUACACCCUGUCGCCCACAGUCAAGGGGCGUGCCCUGAGAGUUGAGCACUCCUUUCGGGACGUGGAGGACGAUGACAUGCUGCCGAGAAGCUUACAGGACGGGCUGAGGGACAGCUACGUCAGUUCUACCCCCAAGCCGCCAUUGGCCCAUUCGCUGCUUAUAAAGGAGGAGCUCCUCAGCCAGAAGCACCGCCUCCUCGGCCAGCCUCCCGCUCUCUCAUUGGCUAGUCUGGAGGCGGCGGGGCUUCUCAACCACGGGAACAAAGGGAACCACGUGCAGCCCCACCCCCUCCUGGCACGGGACGGCUCUCCGUGGGGUUCCUCCAGUGGUAAAGCUCACCACCACCAACUGGACAGCCUGCUGAGGCUGAAGCAGGCCAGCGCCAUCCUCUCAGACCUCCAAGACCUGCCUCUGUUCUUGGAGAACCACCACCACGGGGCGUUCUCCUCCAAGAGCUCCUCCGGAGGUGGCCUCCGCCACCACCAUGGCGCCACUAAGACCCACCAUGAGGUGGUGGUGAAGAGGGAGCCGGGAGGCCACCACUCCCCGCCCGUGGACCUGAAGAUCCCCCAGGUGAGGGGCAUGGACCUGUCAUGGGACUCCCACGCCUCAGACCUGUACGGGUACGGGGCCAUGGUGGUGGGCGCCAGGGGCCACGGUGGGGUGGAGAAUGCUUUGAGCAGGAAGCUGAGGGUCAUCCUGCCCAAGCAAAACCGACGUGCCGGUAGCCUGAGAGGCAGCCUGGGAGGUUUUCUGGAUGGAGCGGCAGACUACUGGAGCUCCGACGUGGACCAGGGGACCUCCGGGCAACCAUACCCGACCUCCGACCCCGAGGGCGACCCGUGCUCUAAGCAGCCCAGGAAGAAGAGGGGGCGCUACCGCCAGUACAACAGCCAGAUCUUAGAAGAGGCCAUCGGCAUGGUGAUGGGCGGGAAGAUGAGCGUGUCCAAGGCCCAGAACAUGUACGGGAUCCCUCACAGCACACUGGAGUAUAAGGUGAAGGAGCGACUGGGCACACUGAAGAACCCUCCUAAGAAGAAGCUCAAAUUGACCUUGAGGAUGGGAGGACAGGAUUCUGCCGCCGAGUCAGAGACUACGCCAACCGCGACGCCGCGAGAGGUUGAGCUGCCGGAGGCCGCCGAUCUGAACCACGAGCAAAAAAUGAAUAUGGAAUUUGAAGAUUAACUGGGAAACAACGAUGAUGACGAAUCCUCCCCUCCUUUCCCCUCAUAUAUGUAUAAAAACAUCUUAACAUUAAGACUAAAGUAAUUGGAAACAAAUGGAGCUUUAUUUGUGCCAAUUUACUGUUGCAGUAUCUGGGUGAGCACAAGCGCAGGGAUAUGAGGAGGAUUCUAAAACAAGCUGGAGAUGAAAACUAAACCAAUCGGCUGGUUCUGCAGUUGUCGUUUUGACACUGCACAUUGCACAUUUGUUUAGCUUUUAUAUCAAGCGGCGAAACAAAUGAGUCAAAAGCCACGAGUGACGUGACAAUUAUUAAUUACAGUUUGUAAAGCAUGUUGAUUAUCCCCCCCAAAACCGUAACUCCCCCUAUUCUGAACUUGAUACACUGACCCUGCAUUGCUUUUAAAUGCAAUCUGGGCUGCGGAAUAAUUAGGUGGGGUUGAAAAUGAACCCUUUUGAACAAACUAUUAUGGUCCUUGAACCACCCCCCCCCCCUUCUCUCAUUUAAGUACUAGUACCAAUUGGUAAGUGAACUGUCUCCUAUGUUUUGAACCAUCUCUAAAACUGGUCAUGUCACAGGAAGCUCUCUCACCAGGAAGCUGAAUCAAAACCGCAUUAUUUCUAUCGUCAGAUAGCCAUUUCUCUUUAACUAACGCAAAACUUUCUUUCCUCCUUCGAUAUUCUGCUACUCUUUAAAAGUGAACGAAAGCAACAUUGGCCGCGUCCUUUUUAAGGUAAAGACACAAAAUAGUCAAUCAGGGAUGCAUGUUCGUAAGUUUUAGUAAAUAACUACUAACUUUUAGGAUAUUUUGAAUGUUUUGUUUUUUGUUUUAUCUUCAUUUGUUUGGCUUUCUUUUGCACUACACUUUCAGUCUGGCGCUCACCGGCGCCGCCCAGUGGUGACAGACCAGGUUACCUCGGCAUUGCUGUCCUAGCAUCAUGCAAUUAAGGUCUGUCAUAAUCCCCGGCCAACUCUGUGCUCCAGGUACAAGUUACCCGUAGCCACAGAUCUAGGAUCAGUUUACCCUGCCUUAACAUUAAGGGGGGGAACCUCAAAACUGACCUGAGAUCAGCAUGUAGGGGCAAUUUUAUAUCUCUGCUGCUCUCCUGGAGAGAGCUCCUCAACCUCAAUGGUAGUAGGUAAAUUGUGCCUCUAACCACUGAUCCAUAGUCAGUUGUCUUUUUUAUCCCCUUAUUGCUAAGGUUUGGAUUGGGGCUUGGUGAUCUGAUCCUAGUUCAGUGGUUAAGCGCAACUUCUACCUCAAGCACCUGCAACAAGUGCAUCUGUCCCCAAUCCCGAUCCUAGGGAGCUGUAGCCAUCUCUGGUUUUCAUUCCAACCAACGACCUCAUGCAUAUGCGCUCAGCUAAUUAGUGGGCGGGGUUCUCCUAACACUAUGACAUCACAUGGGGUGAUAACCACAUGCAUUGUAGCCCUCCAAGACCAGGAAGUGGAAACAUUGCUGCUACAACUUUAUUAUCCUGUUCUGAGCGAAGGCUUGUACCAGCCUUACUGUCUCUAAACACUAAACAUUUCAUAAAGUUUUCUCUUUUAGAAUUCUAACUAAGAGCAUCUUAGUUGAUGAGUUUCGAAAUGGCUCCUCUCACUCCCAUGUGGUUUUAAAAUGUUCAAAGGUAGUUUCAAAGGCAGUUUAUUACGACAAUGUGCAUUUAUACUUGGGGGGGGCAUUUUUCAGUGAGAGGGGAUGUCUUCGGUUGGUAGGGAUUAGGGGAUAAUAUAAUAUAAGUUAUUAUGAUGACACUGAACUUAAAGCCAAUCCGCAUUUCUGGAUGAUUUUGUUCCUCAAUUUUAACUCAGGGUGCCUGAGACGGGAAUCUCUUGACGAAGCCAUGAUUCUAAAACAUGGACGUGUUUCCUUUAUCCUGCAGGACCUAAAAGUGAAGGGCAGGACAUGACUUCUCUCACUCUGCUACUUCUGACGGGGGUGGAACUUACAGCCCGGCUAGGUGGCUGUGGCUUAGCAGUACUACGCCCUGUAGGCCGUGGUGAAUCAUGAAGAAGAUAACACAAACUAAAACAGUGAAGAGGGUGUGAGGAGAAGUUUGGAAAUGAAACGUCUGAAAAUAGCACUUUUUUUUUUUUUAAACCGCGCAAGAGAGAGGAAGCUAUUGUAGCUCUUUUUUAGAGAGAUGGGGAUGGGUUUGGAUGGGAGGAAGAGAGGUGAUUAGAGGAGGGUAAGGGAUGGCCAGAAAGCAAAAAGAGAGAGAGAAAAAAAAGCUUUAGUGUCUGAAAGACUUUCAGAGAGCUGCAGCUUGGACCUAAACAUAUUCUGUUUCCUCUCUAUUACCUCCUCAGUACCCUGGUCGAUGCUUGAAUUUGUCAGAUUUCGUGUAGUGUAGUUGUCAUAUCUGGUUGCUGCCCCUCAGCCCUCCUGCCAAACCAGGCGGAAACUAUCUUAUCUGUCGUCACGUUUUGUCAGGGGAAAGAAAAAAAACAUCCUUCUGAGAAAAUGUUUUUAGAAAAAGAUGCUCUCAUUUUUUUUGUGGGGUGGGGGCAACAACAACAAAAAGACGAGAGAAGGAAAAAUAAACAAAAAAAAAGUUUUUUAAUGUUUUUAAAGCCCUCUCUUGCUCUGCUGUAGUAAAUGUUUCUGUUUGCUCUAAACACUGCCUGGUGCUCACCCAGUCUGUGAGAUUAUUCAUGAAAUUGUACUUAGAAAACAUCUCCGUCAUGUCAACACUGAUGAAAUGAACAUUCACUCCUUGAAAUGUCCUGUACAUUUUAUUUAUUUCAUUUUGUAUUUUAUUUUCUUCUACAAAAUGGCAUGCACCAGUCCGUUCCGGGUGAUUUGGGAAUUCUUAGAUAGGAGCUUACAUCUGCAAAGUAUAGACUAGUUUAUGAGUGUCGUACCAAGCGAUUCAUGCUCUAGUGUAUUCUAAAUUAGUGAAUAAUUGGUAUAUAAUUGUUAUAAUUAUAUUCAAACCCCUAAUGAACAAUCUUACCUAGCCCUGUUCUGAUAGAUUGGUCUUGGGCUUUGACCCUCCCUCCCAUGGCUUGAUUGGCAGUUAUGCGUAGCCGAUGGGAACAAUGUAAUCCCUUCAUGAUGACCUCUGUAGAAACACAAGGUCAGGGGUCAUGCAUGAAAUGCGUUCAACACUUAGACAAUGCAGAGUAUUUCAAGUGUCUAAUUGGUUACCUGUCCCAUCCAAUCAGAAGACCAAAUAUAGUCCAGCAAUGACUUAAAGUUAUAUGAGAUUGAUACUCUUACUUAAGUUAUGAGUAAAGCACUUAUUUUGUAGCCUUUCACAUUUCAAGGCAUGAUUACUAAUUAAUUUAGCUUAGCUGUGAAUUGCGAUUUGACAAGAAAAAACACUACUUAAAAUAUAGUGUGGAAUUGUGUUUUAAACUUUGUUUUUGUCCUAAACUUGCGAGUUAUUAUGAAGUAUGACAAAAUGUGCCCCUUAGCGCUUCUUUCACGUUAUGCAUGUGAGCAUGCAAAAUGAUGCUGAUGGGAAAUGUGUAUAACCUGUACAAUUGUUCCUUACUUAUCAUGACAUGUAGCACUGACUGAGAUGCGUGUCUAAAUUCCUACAUUCAGCACUUAGGUAGGUCCUGAAACCCUUGAGGGGAUUCCUACAUUCAGCACUUAGGUAGGCCCUGAAACCCCUGAGACGGGAUUCCUGAAGGGCCAGGAAUCUCCACCUACAUUAUUUAUGAAAACUAUAAAUCUAUGUAUUUAUCAUUGGGCAAUCAAAAAAGAAUGUGCUAGUGGUUCCCGAAGACGUGGAUGUCGAUUUAAGGCAGCCCCCCGUACCUCUCUGAUUCAGAGGGGUUGGGUUAAAUGCAGAAGACACAUUUCAGUUGAAGGCGUUCAUUUGUACAACUGACUAGGUAUCCCCCUUUCCCCUUCCCUUACAUCAGUCGUAUCUAAUCUACUGAGGUGCAUUGCCAUUUGGGCUUUUUCAUUUUUUGAUUCAUAUUUUUGGGGUUUAAUUGUUUAGUUAUGCCACUUGGGUUAACGGAUCCCCCUGUCCGAAGAAGUCCUCCUCCUUAACACGACUGAGUCUCGCCUCUUUUACAGAAAAGUUUCACACUUCCAAUUAUUUAUAUACACACAGAUAAUGAAUGUAAUAAACGGACAUGAAUCUCUCAACCCCGACACACAAAAAAAUUUGCUGCAAAAAAACUAUGACACUGUCAGUUUUUUGGGGAGGAACAGACUGUUUAUUUUCUUUCUCCACCUUCCGCUUGUAUUUGAAAAGCGUUUUUCUGCCGUGGGCAUCUGUAGCCUUCAGUAUUGUACCUCUCAGGAUAAAGUUGACGGGAGGGGCAGCAAUAUUUGUCAGUCGGAGGAUGACGCAGACUUAACUACCUGUAUUAGAUUAAAUGUAUACAACAUCUAUAUUAUAUAUUGACGUGGCUCAGCUGUGUCCAAGUACUGUACCUCAACCUGCACUUGUAUCCCUCUCAGGGAAGCCAGAAAAAAAGAAGGGAUAGUGGAUACGCUGGGAAAUAUAGGCCCCUCCUCCUUUUUCUUUUGGUCUUUUCUUUACGAGAGGAGCUAGGAGUAUGGGACGGACAGCUUAUUAGUCUAGUUCGUUUGUUUGACUGUAACAUCACUCCAGGUUAAACUUUGAGUUUCUUACAGAGAUGAGACAGAGACACAGUCAGUCAGAGACCUAGAGGGGAGAAUGUGCGGACAGGUGGAAAUGUUAACCUUAUGAAUCUACUGUCUAUUAUUAUUAUUAUUAUUAUUAACUUGUUUUAAACUGCAUUCCAAAUCAAAUCAUUGUACCUUUUAUAUAAAUGAAAAUAGCUAUAUACAUAUGAAUAUAUAUUUCAUUUACUGUUUUACAUCUUCAGGUAAAUCGAUGGAUUUCUUUUCAUUCUGAUGUGAGAUUGUAAACAAACAUGGAGAGAAAAAAAAGAAAUGCAGAACAGAACUAACCUCAAUUUCUAGAUACCAUGUGACGUGCCAUUUUUGUCUCUUGAGUGGCACGUGAUACCUUUCAAGAAAAAAACUAAACAGACUUCUGUGAAUUGCCAUUUUGCUUGUUGUUAUGAAGUGUUGUUGAUUAUUCCUCCAUGCUGCAUAUCCUGUUGUCAUGACGCCUCAGGUCCACCCACUUCAAAGCAGCUGAUUGUACACUAACUAGCAACACAAAUCAGGACUUUUAUUAAAGUAAAAGUGUUUUAGUACUCUUUUAGUACACUUUCUUGUGUUUCCAGAUUUCUUAGAAGGGACUGACGGAAGCACUUUUUAAAUUAUUAUUGUUAUUAUAUGGUGGGUUUUAUCAUUAUUAUUGUUAUUAUUAUAUGGUGUUUUUUUCUUCAUGUUUUCUUUUUUUUUAAAGAAAAUAUAAAUUCUUAUAGCUACUAAACCGAACCCAGGUCUUUCUGAAUGCAACACUACUGUAUUAACUAGCACACUCAGCCUUGGAAGCACACACCAUAAUUACUGUAACUACACCCCAUACAUACGGUAACUACACCCCAUACAUACUGUAACUACACCCCAUACAUCUGUAACUACACCAUACAUACUUCACACCAGAAUUACUAACUACACCCCAUACAUACUGUAACUAUACCCCAUACAUACUGUAACUACACACCAUACAUACUGUAACUGCACCCCAUGCAUACUGUAACUACACCUCAUGCAUACUGUAACUGCACCCCAUGCAUACUGUAACUACACCCCAUACAGACUGUAACUAUACCCCAUACAUACUGUAACUACACACCAUACAUACUGUAACUGCACCCCAUGCAUACUGUAACUGCACCCCAUGCAUACUGUAACUACACCCCAUACAGACUGUAACUAUACCCCAUGCAUACUGUAACUACACCCCAUGCAUACUGUAACUGCACACCAUACAGACUGUAACUACACACCAUACAGACUGUAAUUACACCCCAUGCAUACUGUAACUACACCCCAUACAUACUGUAACUACACCCCAUACAUACUGUAACUACACCCCAUACAUCUGUAACUACACCAUACAUACUACACACCAGAAUUACUGUAACUACACCCCAUACAUACUGUAACUAUACCCCAUACAUACUGUAACUACACACCAUACAUACUGUAACUGCACCCCAUGCAUACUGUAACUGCACCCCAUGCAUACUGUAACUGCACCCCAUGCAUACUGUAACUGCACCCCAUACAGACUCUAACUAUACCCCAUGCAUACUGUAACUGCACACCAUACAGACUGUAACUACACACCAUACAGACUGUAAUUACACCCCAUGCAUACUGUAACUGCACACCAUGCAUACUGUAACUGCACCCCAUGCAUACUGUAACUACACACCAUGCAUAGUUGCAUACAUUUCUAUAUGUAUAGACGCACGCACACACACACACACACACACACACACACACACACACACACACACACGUAAACACACGCACGCACACACACACUCUUCAUCAGGUAUCCACACUUCGUGUGGGUGGGUUACAUGUACAAUUAUAAAACUCUGCCGUGUCCUUUAUAGAACCUGGUGGGUGUGACACUCCUGAGACCAGGAAAAAUAUCAGGCUUGUAACUUGACUGGUGAAGGCACUGCCUCCCUUAUUCUGUCAAAACAGCCCCCUUUGCUUCGUAUCUUUCUCCAGUCCGGCUCAGUGUGCCCCUAUAACACUGGUACCAACCCUCACCACCAAGAAGCUCUCUUUUACUCUGGCUGUGUUUUUGAUUUGUUUGUGUAGUGAUGACUUUGUGUUGUGACGUUCCCCUGUCUCUUUGUGUAAUUUGCUAUUUUGAUUUAAUAUGGCAAAUUUCAAGAAUGGCAAAAAUAUAAUAUUUUGUAAAAUGUAUCCUUUUUCUACACCAAGUUUGUUUUUUAAAUGUUGUAAAAGUCUCAGCAUUUGUUAAGGCGCAAGUACCACCAGCCUGCUAACUGCAACUUGAGUGUUUUCUGUUUGAUUUGUGAAACAUUUUAAAGCAACAGUGCUUUGGUUUUGUUGAAGAGAGAAACGUUGGUUGGAAUUUAAAAGCGAGGCAUACCUUCCAUCUGGAAUGAUGUUGACCUGCUUGCAAUCAUACAUUCCCCUGCUCAUGCACUUCCCAGCUACCCCGAAACAACACUUUCAAACAGGAAAUAUCACAGAUUACCAUCUUACCUAAAUCGCUGUGUUAUCCUUCCACCUUUCCCACCACUGGCAGUUAAAACUGUUAAAAAUUGAAUUUAUGAUAUGUCCGGCUAAAGAGCCUCCAUCUCUCCCGCUCCAAUCUGAAAGUCAUAACGCCGUUUAUUACAUUGUAUAGUUUUAUGAGGCUUGUGUGUCUUAAUGUUGUGGUUUUACUGCGAAGGGAGGAUGGAAAGGAAAGCAGCAGGAUUCCUGUGCUACAGUAACCAUUUGUUUUAGUCCGGCAGAAUGCUGCCAUCCUGUUUAGUAUAUUGGAACUGUAGAAUUGUGAUAGUUCAAUGACAUAUUUUUUAUUCGUGGACGUUCGAAAAACGAACAUGAAAACAUGCAAACCUAGAAAAUGUUAAUUUCUGUAAAAUGUUGUUGAGAUGAGAUGGCACAAUCCGAAAACUAAAUCAAGCAUUUUAAAAACCUUAAACGUAAUAUUAAUGUAAUGUUCAAUCGUAUUUAAUAAAGUGUAGUGUGAUUUUCUACAUUUGCUUUCAUCGCAGAUGUUAGUUGUAUACUUGAAAGUAAUUGAAAUGAAUGAGAAUCUCAACCUCAGUCACACAAAGAUCCUACAACUAAUUCUGGAUUAUUAAUUACUGUUAUGUUUUAUUAUUAAUCAAUCUGUGAAAGACGGAAUGCCUUUUUCAGUCUCUCUAAUCGUUAACUCAAUCUAUACAACACAGUCAGAUAUAUCUGGACUAGGGGUUGUAGAGUGUCUUGCUACAGUCAGAUAUAUCUGGACUAGGGGUUGUAGAGUGUCUUGCUACAGUCAGAUAUAUCUGGACUAGGGGUUGUAGAGUGUCUUGCUACAGUCAGAUAUAGCUGGACUAGGGGUUGUAGAGUGUCUUGCUACAGUCAGAUAUAUCUGGACUAGGGGUUGUAGAGUGUCUUGCUACAGUCAGAUAUAUCUGGACUAGGGGUUGUAGAGUGUCUUGCUACAGUCAGAUAUAUCUGGACUAGGGGUUGUAGGGUGUCUUGCUACAGUCAGAUAUAUCUGGACUAGGGGUUGUAGAGUGUCUUGCUACAGUCAGAUAUAUCUGGACUAGGGGUUGUAGAGUGUCUUGCUACAGUCAGAUAUAUCUGCACUAGGGGUUGUAGAGUGUCUUGCUACAGUCAGAUAUAUCUGGACUAGGGGUUGUAGAGUGUCUUGCUACAGUCAGAUAUAUCUGGACUAGGGGUUGUAGGGUGUCUUGCUACAGUCAGAUAUAUCUGGACUAGGGGUUGUAGAGUGUCUUGCUACAGUCAGAUAUAUCUGGACUAGGGAUUGUAGAGUGUCUUGCUACAGUCAGAUAUAUUUGGACUAGGGGUUGUAGAGUGUCUUGCUACAGUCAGAUAUAUCUGGACUAGGGGUUGUAGGGUGUCUUGCUACAGUCAGAUAUAUCUGGACUAGGGGUUGUAGAGUGUCUUGCUACAGUCAGAUAUAUCUGGACUAGGGGUUGUAGAGUGUCUUGCUACAGUCAGAUAUAUCUGGACUAGGGGUUGUAGAGUGUCUUGCUACAGUCAGAUAUAUCUGGACUAGGGGUUGUAGAGUGUCUCGCUACAGUCAGAUAUAUCUGGACUAGGGGUUGUAGGGUGUCUUGCUACAGUCAGAUAUAUCUGCACUAGGGGUUGUAGAGUGUCUUGCUACAGUCAGAUAUAUCUGGACUAGGGGUUGUAGAGUGUCUUGCUACAGUCAGAUAUAUCUGGACUAGGGGUUGUAGGGUAAAUGAGGGGCUGUACUGUAGAGGCAGAGAGGAGAGAGCCUUUCCAAGGUUAUUGUCCCCACCCCCGCACUGCAGAUAGCAGCCUUUAACAGAUAAUGUAGGAAUUAAUUUGCCUCAUCGCCCAGAGAAACACAACAGAACAUUCAAAGUAAAUAAACGGAAAAUAUCACCUUGGAUCCGAAGAAGGUGAAUAGAUUUCAGGAUGGGGCGGAAUGAUACAAAAAUAAAAACUAUUGAAUAGCAAAGGUAUGGAGAAACAAUUAGAAGGAAAGCUAAUCAAACUCUAAAUGUCCUUUUGGAGGAAGCUGUUGGCUUGGAAUGGGGUGCCCUUGCAUGUUGCAAUAACAGUGGAGCAGCAGCAUCAUUCCCAGGUGGAGGUGUGUCUCUUCAUUUUAAGAACCCUUUCUCAAGGAAAUGGUAGACGUCUCUCUCUCUCUCGUCUCCUGAUGUUUGUUAUUUCUUCCUCCCCUGGUUCCCAACACUGGGGAGGCCUGUAAUUGGCCACGCUGUUUCAUAUCAAUACAGUUCACUGUAAAACAAUGUGAGAUUCUAGAUGUGUUUGAACUGGUUUUUAAAUUCUCUUUGUUUCUUCACGCCUGUUUUCCCCCAACUGUAUGCCAAUGUAAAGGAUGCAAGAUGUCUCCUCAGAAAUGAUGCCAUCUGCCAUUACGUUUAAAGCUUUUUAUGGAUGGUCUGAAUGUGUCUGCCAUCUCUGUCUUUUCCCCUCUCCCCUACUUUCCUAUUCUCUCCUUCACAAGGUGAUUACUGCUUCACCACAAUGCAUAGUGACGCAAAGGUCCUUCUCUUUCUGUCUCUCUCUCGCUGGUUUUGGAUUGGGCGCGUGUCUAUUGCUUCGGUGACUGUUCGGGCUUUUCUGCCUGUCUGCUUGACUUAGAGGGGCCCUGGUCAAAAGUAGUGCACUUUGUAGGGAAUAGGGUGCCAGACGAUGUCUCUGGUUUCUGCUACCUCAGCUUGCCUGGUGGAAGACUGUUGGGGAGGGUAUAUGGGGUGGGGUAGUAUAGGCUCAAGGGCUUUCUGUACAGAUUGACAAGAACAUUUGGUAUUUUGUUGGUUGCGAGUGACGUUACAGGGAUGAGGGUCAAUUGGGUAGGGAUGAACCGUCCAUAUGCUUGACUAUUGGAGGGGGGGGGGUGUAGUAACCCCUUCGCUUGUAAGAUUUCGGGGUUUCUAUGAAAAAAAACAUGUAAUUUGUUUAUUAAUUUCUAGUUGAAGUUGAUAAUGCCUGCCGUGUUUCGAGCUUUCGAACCGUUCGUUUUGUUUGAACGCUGCUUUCUUUGACAACCACAUGCCUUCUGUAUUCUUUAGUUUGUAGUCGUCGUCGUGUGGAGAUACUAUCAGAUACUGCAGCGGUGUAUUAAAAGGGUUUGACUGAAGAGCAGCGCUGACUUAGGACCACAGAUCAAUCAGAUGUCAGCGGGACGUCUGCCAGGUGUUUUAGUUCAGACUUCUAGAGCAGCUCCGGUGAAGAACCUGCGGUGCAUAAGAUGAACCCUGUUUUACAGUUGAAGAAGCAGUUCCAGUUAUGUACAUUCGUAGAUCAGUUCCAUGGGAAGUGCAACAUUGAAAUUCAAAGCCCUUUGAUUUGGAGAUCUGCCUACCGUCUAUGUGUUAACCCAAUACUUACUCUCUACUCUGGCCAAAGAGGGAUAUGAUAUCCAUUCUUGAAAGCCAGACUUUGACCACUUUGACUUAUCUCUUCUUUAUACAGCCUUUUGUUAACUAAUUACCACACGAUUUCAGCCAAAUACCUAUUUUUUUCAGUGCUUUAUAAACAGCAAGGAUUGUAAAAAUAGAACGCCAAUUUCAGGGGCAAAGGAAUUGAUUUGUUUCAUUGUCUCAUCUAUUGUCAUUGUAUGGUGUUGGUGUGCAACAACUUCAAAAAAUAAACCUUACAACGCAGAAUACCUCAGAAAAUAAACCCAUGUAAAGCUUGACAGCCUCCAUUGUGUUGUUAGUUCCUGUCCAUUUUGCCCCCUUGAUGCUCCACAAGCUUUUCCCCUUUUAUUUCCACUUUUAUCCCUCACACGGCAUGUAGCACAUAGUGGACGUGUCAUAGCUUCUUUUUUCUUGUUCUGGGGACUUUUUAAGACUGGUCUCUCAUUCAGUCCCUCCCUCUGAGCCAGAGAAAAAGAGAGAAGGAGAUCAUUGGGAGUGAAAGGAACACUAAUUCACAUUCUAGAAUUCAUUUGGGAUCACGUUUGAUCUUGAAAUCACAAAAGAGAAAAUAUCUUCGUCUAUAUCUACUGAUUUGAACUGGAGCUCGGUUUCCUCCUCUCUUCUCUUUAAUUCUUUUCAAACUAGAGAUGCUCAGAGGCCGAAGGUCAAUCUGUUAAAGCCCUAUAAUCCCCAUUCUUUCCUUUUGAAUACCUCUUUUCAUUUAUCAUCUGCAUUCUCAUCAUUAAAACUGAAUGUAACGACACAAACUAACCUCACGAUUCUAACUUGACAGAUGAAAGAAAAAUCAGAUACUAUAUAUGUACAUAUGUAUAACACAUGAAACACAAUGCAUUGUGUAUAUAUACAGAUCUCCUAAAGACAGAUACUUAUCUUGUGGAAAGGGAAAAACUCUUUUUCCUUUGUUUGAUUCAGGGAACAAAAGUCCAGUGCAGUAUGUUAGAUGUCACUCCCAUGCCCAUUGCUCCCUUUCUGACUGUAUGUUGCAUGUAUGUAGCAGUGGGCAGGGGGUGGCUGAGUUUAAACUAGUGGAGCUUUUAGAGUAGGUAGCUAGUCUUUUGAAACCUGAUUAUGUGAAGGGGGGGUGGGCUUUGUGAAAUGACACUGUAAAGACAGUAUAUUUAUGAAACAGGAGGAGGAGGAGGACCACAGAAAAAGCAGAAGGGGUGGAUGGGAAUGGCACUUCAUGGUCCCAUUAUAAUCUGUCCUUUAUCAGGUUAGGUGUAGCUUACGAUAUGUCAACUCCUGACGAAGGAAGGAAGGAAGGAAGGAAGGAAGGAAGGAAGGAAGGAAGGAAGGAAGGAAGGAAGGAAGGAAGGAAGGAAGGAAGGAAGGAAGGAAGGAAGGAAGGAAGGAAGGAAGGAAGGAAGGAAGGAAGGAAGGAAGGAAGGAAGGAAGGAAGGAAGGAAGGAAGGAAGGACAUGCAUUCAGGGAUGUCACUUGAUAUACCUCCUUCAGUGUCCAAUCAGAGUCCAAUUGGAUCAACACAAGGAUUCAGAUUGGUUGGAUAUUUUUUGCAUGCCAGUGUACAUACAUUGUAACAGAUUGUUGCUGGAGCGGGCAGUUGUUUACGAAAGUGGAAUGUACGCAAGACAGAUUCCAAUGUUUAAAUAUGAAAUAUUUGCCCUUGAAGGAAGCCAUCCUUUUCUCAGAAAGAGGUGUGCACUUAAGGUUUGUUUUUGUUGCUGCAACCGCUCUCGUAGUGUUUUUUUGCUAAAGCUCUUUUCAGAAUAACUUUUUCCUUCUUUAAAGUAAAAAAAAAAAGAAUAAAUGGUGAGUGUUUGAGUGCCUGUAUGUGUUGCUGCUUGACGGUGUGAAAUGCUUUUAGUUUCCUAUUAUCGGGCCUGUGAAGCCUGUGCCCUCCAACCAUACUGUAGCCUGAGCUGCGUUUGCAACACAGAACUAUCAGUGCUCUUUUUAACGUUUUUGCAACACUGACACUGGUUUAAUAGUGCAAGGCCGAAGCGUUGCAGUUCUGAAUGCACCCUUUAAUGCUUUCUAUAGAAAGAAUUAUAUCACCCACUCUCUGCCUCACGGACAAGACACUACAUGUCCCAGACACCCUCAGCCCAGACACUACGUUACCCAGACACCCUCAGCCCAGACACUACAUCACCAAGACACCCUCAGCCCAGACAUUACGUUACCCAGACACCCUCAGCCCAGACAUUACGUUACCCAGACACCCUCAGCCCAGACACCCUCAGCCCAGACACUACGUUACCCAGACACCCUCAGCCCAGACACUACGUUACCCAGACACCCUCAGCCCAGACACUACGUUACCCAGACAUCCUCAGCCCAGACACUACGUCGCCCAGACACUACGUCGCCCAGACACUACGUUACCCAGACACCCUCAGCCCAGACACUACGUCGCCCAGACACUACGUCAUCCAGACAUCCUCAGCCCAGACACUAUGUUGCCCAGACACCCUCAGCCCAGACACUACGUUACCCAGACACCCUCAGCCCAGACACUACGUUACCCAGACACCCUCAGCCCAGACACUACGUUACCCAGACACCCUCAGCCCAGACACUACGUUACCCAGACACCCUCAGCCCAGACACUACGUUACCCAGACACCCUCAGCCCAGACACUACGUUACCCAGACACCCUCAGCCCAGACACUACGUUACCCAGACACCCUCAGCCCAGACACUCACGUUACCCAGACACCCUCAGCCCAGACACUACGUUACCCAGACACCCUCAGCCCAGACACUACGUCACCCAGACAUCCUCAGCCCAGACACUACGUUACCCAGACACCCUCAGCCCAGACACUACGUCACCCAGACACCCUCAGCCCAGACACUACAUUACCCAGACACCCUCAGCCCAGACACUACGUUACCCAGACAUCCUCAGCCCAGACACUACGUCACCCAGACAUCCUCAGCCCAGACACUACGUUACCCAGACACCCUCAGCCCAGACACUACGUCACCCAGACACCCUCAGCCCAGACACUACGUCACCCAGACAUCCUCAGGGAAUUAAGAUAACACUGCUCUCACUCUAUUCAGGUACUUUCUCUAGAUUCUGAGACCUAGCAGUGAUCUAUAGCUAUUUCAGUUAUUAUGAUUAUUUCAUAUUUUUUAUAUUACUUUUGUAUUAUUAUUCACUGUAAAAAGAAAAUGUCAAGUGUCCUGAAAAGUUACUUUAAUUUUGUCUUCUUUUGUUUUCUCCCUUGGUCCCUCUUAAAAAACAAAUGUAAUUAAAUUUUAUAAAAUGUAGAUUAAGUUCCCAAAUCUAAUGAAUGUCUAUCUACUUCUCAGCUCAGGUGGAGAGGGUCCUCAAAGCACGUAAACUGCCCUCUCUACGCACUGUGCCUCAGUCUGUGGCUUAUAUACUGGGGACCACGUAGUGGCUACUUAACACUGCCGUAAGGCUACAUAACACUGUCAUAAGGAUGACAUAGCAGGUCCUAGAUGCUUAUGACAAGCUACUGUACCUUAUAAGCUGACAUGGCACUUUGACUGCCACCUCAUUCGAAGUGUAACCUUCUAUCCCUCUCUUACAAACACAACACCUCUGAACACAACAGCGUGAGUACUGCCUUCUGGCUCACCUGCCAAUCAAUCAAACGUCAGCGUUAGCGCUGUAAUCUUCUCAGAACAUCAACAACUCACCUCACAGAACCGUCUGACCUAAACAAAAGGCACCUCUGGAACUUGUAAAACCACAGUCAUCAAGGUGAGGGAGAAACUAUCAUCCACAGCCCGCCAGUCAACUGAAAAGUCAUUUUAUUCGCAGUUCCUUUGAAGUUUUGCGACAAAAAUGAAAAAUGUAUAGAUCAGUUGGCUUGUUUUGUUUGCAGCUUUUUGUGCUUGUUUUGUUCAUAGUGCUGCUGAGUGGUUGAUGAUGGAUGACUAGCUGGCUUGCUGUUGUAUGGGACUUCUGGUAAGCUAUUCUGGUAAGCCUACGUACAUCUUUUGUUGCGUACCUGUACUAACCUGGUGAUACGUUUUCAAAAUAACCUUCUGACUUUGGUUGAUCGUUCUUCAUAUUUUGCAUUUGAACUUGGCAAUCCUUCUUUAUAUAUUCGUUAUGUUUGGUGCUGGCGUUGGUGCUGGUGUGGUCUGGUGCUGGUUUGUGAUGCCUGCGAUGGAGAUAUCAUUUUGGUCGGUGUUCUUAAAAAGGUUUUCAAACGCUGGGUGUCUGACUUCUUUAGAUAGCCCUAUUGCAGGUAUGAUCCGAGACUGGUUUAUUCUUAAUGAAUGAAAUACUUCUACUUACUUACUUGGUGACUUUUCCUAGCUAAGGCUUUGCUAACAUAACUCGACUUUCUAACAGGCGAACUGAUGCCCUCUAUUCAGGGCCUGGUGUUUCCUCUGUAUUUCCGAGAGCGAUUUCUGGGUUUGUUGAUAUACCUCAUGCUAUCCAGAUGGAGUAGAUAGGGGGCGCUGUUGUUGUGGAAAGCAAUGUCUCGCCCCCUGUUAUAGAACGGUUCCUUAUAGCUCGUUUUUAUACUCGGUUCUUUCUGUGAGUCCAACGCGUACCUCACACCCGGAAGGCUUUCUCUCUCUUUCUCCAUAAAAACUGGAAUGAACCUCAUUUGUUUCAAUAUCUACUGCUGUUUACAGUUUGGGCAGAACAUUGUAUAAUUUCAAUAUUUUUCUCUUACUGUAAUUUUUGUUUAUGAACAUUUAUCAAUUUAUUUUGUACUGUGUGAGUUGGAGUUUUUAUUCUAGGCUUGUAUGAUUGGUCGAUGUCCGUUUUAAUUGAGCACUUAAAAGACGAUCACAUUAAUUGUGUUUGAUUGAUUGGUUGAUUGAAUGAUUGGUUGAUUGAAUACACUUUGUUUUCCCCAUUUUUUUUUAAUGCAAAAUCAGAUUUUAGUAAAUGGGCUAAUGAAAUAAUAAAAAGUCUCCUAAUGUGAUAACAAAAAAAUCUAUAAAAAAAUCUGUGGUCUGUUAUUUGUUUUUUUAUUUUGCAUUGAACUUCGGGCUGAUUAGAUCCGUCUUUGUGCAUGUGUAAAAAAAAAAUAUUUUACUGGUUAUGUUAUUAUUGAAAUUUGGAAUAAAUGCCAUUUUGGCAACACAUUUCAGCUGUACCGUUCUGUAAGGUGGUAUGAUGCUAGAGCUUCUUUUCAAAACCACUAUUCUUCUAAUAAAUUUUGUUGUGAAAAUAA